AACUUUCCAAAAAAUAAAUAAAAUGAAAAGCGUUGAUUUUGUUUUGUGAUUGAGUAGGAAAGAAUGAGAGACACGAAAAAGGGUCGGAGCCGGAGCUUGCCGGUGGAUCCGAAUGUCCCCCGAUGGGUUUGUCAGAACUGCCGCAAUCCACUCUGCAUCGUCGGCGUCGAUUCUUAUGCCGACAAGUUCUUCAACGACCCUUCUCGCUCCGGGAUGCAAGGGUCAUCCAUGCAUGGUGCUAGCAGUGUGAUGAGUACAACUAAAAUGGACAACUCUUAUGUUGUGUUGCCAAAGCAAAGACCUCAGGCUCAAGGAGUUCCUCCUCGGCCUCGUGGUGAUACUUCCCAGCCUGGAAAGAUGAUGGAAGAGUCAUUUGUGGUUGUUUACAAGUCGGAAUCUGCAUCUGAUGGAGGUGGGGGCAAUUCAUCGUCCCCGGGGGUUGAUCAUGGAGGUCAUAUGCCACCUCAUAACUCUGGAUUUAAUUCAACUAUUACUGUCCUGACUCGAGCAUUUGAGAUAGCCACAACACAGACACAGGUUGAACAACCUUUAUGCCUUGACUGCAUGCGGGUUUUGUCUGAUAAGCUUGAUAAAGAGGUCGAAGAUGUAAAUAGGGACAUUGAAGCAUAUGAAGCCUGUCUUAAACGCUUGGAGGGGGAAGCCAAAGAUGUCCUCAGCGAGGCUGAUUUUCUUAAGGAGAAAUUGAAGAUUGAAGAAGAAGAAAGAAGACUAGAAGCAGCAAUUGAAGAAUCAGAGAGACAAAAUGCUGAAGUAAAUGCUGAACUGAAGGAACUUGAGUUGAAAUCUAGCCGCUUCAAAGAAUUGGAGGAGCGGUAUUGGCAUGAGUUCAAUAAUUUUCAGUUUCAAUUGAUCUCUCAUCAGGAGGAGAGAGAUGCUAUUUUGGCCAAGAUUGAAGUUUCACAAGCACAUUUAGAAUUGUUGAAGAGAACAAACGUGCUCAAUGACGCCUUUCCCAUUUCUCAUGAUGGAGAGUUUGGAACAAUCAACAAUUUUCGGCUUGGAAGACUCCCCAAAAUUCCAGUAGAAUGGGAUGAGAUCAAUGCUGCGUGGGGCCAAGCUUGCCUUCUUCUUCAUACAAUGUGCCAGUAUUUCCGACCGAAGUUUCAAUACCGAAUAAAAAUCAUUCCUAUGGGUAGCUACCCUCGAAUCACAGACACCAGCAAGAGUACUUAUGAGCUGUUUGGUCCAGUCAACUUGUUCUGGAGUACUCGUUAUGACAAAGCAAUGACAUUGUUUUUAGCAUGCCUCAAGGAUUUUGCAGAAUUUGCCAAUUCUAAGGACCAAGAGAAUAACAUACCACCUGAGAAAUGUUUCAAGCUACCUUAUAAGAUUGAGAAUGACAAAGUGGAAAACUAUUCCAUCACCCAAAGCUUCAAUAAGCAGGAAAAUUGGACGAAAGCACUCAAGUACACACUCUGUAAUUUGAAAUGGGCUCUGUAUUGGUUUGUUGGAAAUACCAACUUUCAACCUCUUUCAGCAAUGGUAUCUUCACAUGCCGAAGUGCCAGCUGUAGGGUCUUUGUACCCAAAACGUGGUACCGACGUCAAAUCUGAAUCCAGAAACUGAACAUAACAUAUUCUAGGAUUUAGGCAACAUACAUAUGUGUACAUAGAACUAUUUUGUCUUUAUAGGUUCAUACAUGUUUAGUUGGAUCAUUAGUGAGUAGUACUCAAUACUAACAGCAUAUGUGCUGUUUUAUUAAUUUACUCUGGAACUUUUAAUAUAGUCCAGUUCGUCGUCAAAAUGUGUUACUGUUCAUAUUUAUUGGAAAUCAUGAUAUUGUUGGGUGCUCA